AAAAAAUAUAAAAAAAUACAUUGGAAUAGAACGAUAAGUUUAAUUAAAAUUUAAUUAAUUAGAAAUAUUUUGUCUCAAUGCAUUGUUCGGCAACUUGCACAAUCAAUGUGUCGGCGAAAUGUUGAUCAUGUUGUCAAGUAAUUUGAAUGUUGCAAAUGAAAUUUUAAACGUUCGUCAUUACUUAGUAUCGCGCUCUCAGUAUUACAUGAAUUGCGUUAGAAAAGUACGAAUCAGAAGCAAAAGGUAGUUAGUCAAAUGAACGAGAAAAAUUAAACGUGACGUGAAAAGAAGAACAAAAAUAAGAAGAUAAGGAGUGAAAAUUUAAUUUUAAAGCAAUCACUAAAGUAAUUGAAAAUGCUAACGAUACAUAAGGUAACAACAUUUUUUGUAACAAUCACGGCGUCUACAGUGCUUAUGCUGAUUAUAACUUGCCUUUCAACUCACGCUAAUGAACAGAACGUCAUGGUUAAUGGCAAUUUGCCUAUUGGUGAGAAUAUCAAUAUACGUCACGAACGUUCUAAAGUGAGACAUACCGCAGAAAAAGAGCAGCAACACCAACACCAACACCAGCAACACCAGCAACAACAGCAACAACAGCAACAGCGUAAACAGAAAAACAUGUUAAAAAAAUUGCUUGUCACGUCGGAUGUAGACGACGAUAAUGAAGGUUUUGGCAAAGCGAGCAAUUUAACACAAAAACAGCACAAUGUGGCAGCUAUCUCGUUACAACAUGAUUAUGGUAAUAACGGUAAUACAACGAUAGCGAUAAUAAAACGUCGUCAUAAUAAUGAGAAUUUUACAACAACUUUAGUGAAUCCUGGUAUUGGGAUAAAAGCAAGAAAUCUCAUUGAGUUCAACCACUUCAACGGUCAAGUAAAUGCACACUACGCGACAGACAGGCCAGCAUAUUUAACGACCUCGGUUACGAUGAUGCCAGCAGUAACACAUAGAAUACGUAAAUUGCAUAAAAAAGAAAUCACGGAAAGUUUACGUCGCAAUAAUUCUAACGGAAGCCGAAAAGUUGGUGACGAUGAUGGCGGUAACCAUCGUCGCAGUUUAGUUCAGGCCGAACAACUACAGCGUCGUUUGUUAACCAAUAUUAAUAAUAAUAAUAAUAAUAAUAAUAAUAAUAACAAUAAUGAUGACGAGGAUGAUGAGAAAAAUGUUGUUGGUCAACAGUUGAAAAUCGCUUUACAAAAUGAUAAUUUCAUUAAUUACGAUUUUUCCUAUCAAAAUGAUGAGGAGCAAAUAACAAAUGUUGAAUUUGCUGGGAACGAUGAAUACGAUGCCACGACUCUUUCUACGAUGCAAGCAAUAAAGCAUAAUGAUAAGCUUUUUGAUGAAGAUAUUCGAACAAAAUUAAAAAAAUCUUCAGAAAUUAUUUUGAAAGAAGUUGAGAAUGACUUACCCGUUGAUCCUAGUUACAGUCCCCAGCCGAUUUUGAAUGUUUUGAAUUUGUCUCGUGUCUAUCAUGAUUUACACUUGGAAGAAAUUGAAAAUGAUUUGACCGUCGAACAAACGACUACGUUACCCUUAAAUUUUGAUGAUUUAGUUACCGAUCAACUAUCGGAUGCGAUUAAUCAAAGCAAAUUUCAUCUUUUCUCUCAGAACCCGGAUAGAACCGAAGAUUCACAAUUGUGGUCAAUAGAAAAUGAAAAUUUCAUGAAUUCACCGCGACUUUCAGCCAGCACCAGUGUUGGCGGUAAAGGCCUGGACACUACACGUAUAUAUAAAUUGCAAGAAAUUAAUUUUAUUGAUUCUUCCGAUGAUAAUGACAGUGCCACGAAUAGUCCAAACGAUAAUAAUGAUAAUAUUAACAAUAGCAUUAUGGAUGAUGCUUUCCUAAAUAGUAAUAAUAAUAAUAAUAACGAUAAUAAUAAUAAUAAUAAUCUGGAAUUUUCUUCUGGCGAAUCGGAAACGGAAGAUAUGAAUAAUUUCAGCUUGAAUAGUGAAGAUGAUGAAACAAAUCAUUUCCUUGAAGGUGUUGUCGAUGCCGCGAAUUCCGAUGAAAUUUACGAUUGGGAUGAAAUAUCCCGUAAUAAUCGUCGUAAUUUAAUGCGCGGUCGCGAUGUUGUUACGAAAUUUUUACAAAUUGUUGAAACACAGCAUUCUCUCGGUUCGAAUUGUGAAGCGGGUACAUCAUUAAAUCUCGGUGAAGGUGUUGUCGAUCGGUAUGCUCAGGAUCGUUUUCGUAUCGAGGCGGAGGUGGCAGUAAAUCGUGCUAACAUGUUGACCAGGAUUUUUAAAAUGACCUCACCAGCUACUCAAGGGGAUAUAAAUCUCUUGCAUGCUUCGGUUUUAUCAAUGGUGGAAUUCGAUGAUGAUAUCUUUGCCGCUGGCAACUGCUUUGAUUGGAAUGAACAUCCGGCCCAGCCGGGUUUAUUUUGCCCUUUUGCUUAUCGUUUACCGCCACCGAAUUUGGGUGCAAUUCUAGCCAAAGAUUUAGCAAUGGAAUAUCAUUAUCUGGGCAACACUUCAGAAUGGUUUUUUCAAGCACGCAAAAAUGCUGAAAAAGUGAUAGCACGCAACGAACAAUACUUGAAAGCAUUUCAUUUAUAUUCAAAUAAAAGCGAUGAACGUAUCGAGGAUGAUACGUUGGCGGUUAAAUAUGAAGACGGCAGAUGGUCGAAGCCGUACUAUGAUUGUGGCGGUGGCAACAUAUGGAUGCUAACAUAUACGGUGCCAUUCUUUGGUUAUGAAAAUGGAACUUAUCAUUUUAAAGGUACAUCUGGCAUCGAUAUAGAUUUGCGUCGAGUUGAUAUUGACCAGUGUCCGCAACGUAAUACCCCAGGUACCACGCAACCAUUGAAUAUAUUUGCAGGCACAGACAAAUGCAAGCAGCGUACAACGAUGUGCGAAGCUCUUAAGGGCUUGGGAUUUCGUCGCGGCUCUUAUAAGUGUGUCUGCCGUAAAGGCUAUUAUUUUCCCGAUACCGGAAGUCAGCACAAAUAUUUCAAUGGCAGCUUACUGGAAGUGGAAUACGAAAAACUUAUGCUGGGUAAAAACUCAACAUACAAUAUUGUCAAUGAGUACGAAUGCUUGCAAUGUGCUGAAGGUUGUGAUUAUUGUGAGGACGGUUCCCCUUGCAUAGCAGCGCUCAACUGGCCAAUGCGUACUAGCAUUUUGGUGCUGGCCUGCAUAGUCAUUGGUUUGCUGCCACCAGCCGCCUGGUUUACGUUCCGUUAUCAGCAAGUUAAGGUGGUGCGAGCUGCUAGUCCUGCAUUAUUACGCGUUAUAGCCCUGGGUGCUUUCCUUAUAUAUUGCACAAAUAUCGUUAUGUAUCCCAAUCCGAAUUUAUACACUUGCACAGCUCGCAUUUGGCUGAGAGAAAUUGGGUUUUCCUUAACAUAUGGUGCUUUGAUGUUAAAAACAUGGCGCAUUUCUGUUAUAUUUCGUGUGCGAUCUGCUAAGGCAGUAAAAAUUACGGAUGCGGCUUUGCUUAAGCGCUUAGGUUGCAUUUGUGGUGCCAUCGGUACAUGCUUAUUGGUGCGCACAUUAGUCUCGCCGCCUGAUGUCGUUGUGGGACGUACUGCUGAUGAUCUAAAGGCGUUCCUAUGUAAAACUGAUUGGUGGGAUUACACGUUCACUUCAAUGGAGGUUGUAUUCUUGGCUUGGGGUGUGCGUUUAUGUAUAAUGGUGCGUAAGGCGCCCUCAGAAUUUAAUGAAAGCCGUUUCAUUUCGAUGGCCAUAUACAAUGAGUUUCUACUAACAUGUUUCUUAAAUGUGUCCAUGUUAUUUUUGCAAUCUCCUGCCAAUCCAGAUUUACUUUAUAUCAUAUUUUUUUGCCAUACCCAGCUGACCAUAACGCUACUGUUGUGUUUAAUAUUUGGCAGUAAGGUUUAUAUAGUAUUACGUAGCGGUAAAUCACAUCAAGAGAGCAUUAGUAUGGGUGCCAAGUCAACAGGGGCGAAAUUUAAUUUUCGACCCCAAGUGCGCACGUUUGUUAAUACUGGCUCGGUAACGGCAUCAACAGCCCCCAUAGCCGGUACCAGUUCGCUGGAAAAUAAACUCUCCGAACAAGAGGCUUUAGAAGAAAUACGUCAGCUCAGUGUCCAACUACAGCGCAUACAAGAGAUGGCACCACCCAAAGGAGUAGCGGUUAUGACCAUUUCCAGUUUGUUGGACGGUUUGAAAACACCGGGUGGCGUGAUGAUGGUGGCUGCUGCCGCCACUCAAGCUGUUACAAGUGCAAAUCAAUUAACCUUAUCUCAACGCAAGCCGGAAGCAUUGCCUUUACUAUCGCUGAACAACGAAAUGCAAAAGUACACUCAACUCAAAGUGCCAACUUUGUCUCUUCCACCUACAACUGCAACUAGCAACACUAUCCCAGCAACGGUCAACAAUAAUGUAUGCAGUUCGUCAACUAUAGCGGCCAACGAACUGCAACCAUUAUCACAACCACCGUCCACGUAUGUGACAACAAUGACAACAAACAAUACAACGAAAUUGGAAUCGCAGUUGAAAAGUUAUUGCAAAGAAAAAUCCAUAAAUACUGACUUGAGCGGAAAUUGUAUUUCAGUAGAAAUGUUGUCAAAUCAUCGUAUCAUUUGCGGACGUUGCUAUGAGCAAUGUACGCAACACUAUCAUACCAUGACCGCCACCGCCACCGCCACCGCCAAUUCACCCUGUAAACAUUCGCACGAGCUUGCGAUGCAACAACCGGUGAAUAAAUGUCAACUGUUGGGCUCGCCGCAGCCCGAGGGUAUUGGUUUAAGAUUUAAAAAUGUUAAACUCGACUGCAUGUGUUCGCAAGCCGAUGAUUUGGAUCAAUUACCGCAGAGACGUAUCAGUUGUAGGAAACGCUCAGCUGCCACUAACACGCCGCCCUGCACGAGUCGUAAUAGGUAUAAUCAGUCAAAUCAAAGUAAUGCGAAAGUUAAAGGGCACAGCACCAGCAGUGCCAGCUUGCCUUGCGUGGAAGCGACAACCAUUGUACCUAGUGUAAGUUAUCGAAUUUGUGAUAGUUGUAAAACUAAAUUUAGCGUAAGUAGUAAAAUGACUAAAAAGAAACAUAGAAAAUUAGCUCAGUUAAGUAGUAAAUGUAGCAAAUUAUUAAGCGAAUUGGAGGAGAAGAAUAUCAAAACGUCGACAUCGAUAACAACAACGGCUUCUCAAAUUUUGGAAUAUGGUACUAACGUAACGCAACUAACGGAAAAAGUUUAUUCCACCGAUGAUAUUAUCUUUUAUACAACCACCGAUGAAGACGACGAAGAUGAAAACAACUAUAGUGAUAGCGAUAGUGAUAGUUAUGAGGAUAAUAACAGUAAAGGCAUUAAAUUGUCUUGCGAUGUUAGCAAAGUUAGUUUAUCAAAUUUAUCUUCUACUCACGAAGCCAAAGUUAGUGAAACCCAACCGCUUACCGAUACUAUCACUUUAACUUCUCAUGUUAUGCCGGAAAGUAACGCCGAAAAAUUGGAUACUGAGCAUAGUAAACCUUCCAGCUCCCAGACAACCGAUCCUUCGAACGGCAGACCAAAACGUCCCGACAAAUUAAUUCUAAACUUAAACGAUCGCUCCAAAUUCACUAAAGAAGUUUCCGUCUGAGUUCCGACACCAGCUAAUAAUGUCUCUUUCAAUUUAUUAUAAUUGAUUAUUUAACUUAACUUCUUAACUUCUAUUCUUUAUUUACAUUUUGGUUGAAACAUUUGCUUUUACUUAGUUGGUGAGAAUCUUAAAGCUAAACACAUUUACUCAUUACCAGGAAGUAUAGAGUGCGUUUUCACGUCCACGUGCUUCGGAAACCCUUUCUUAAUGGCAAGUGAUUUAUCAAUUCUUUUUUACUAUCUGCUGUUGAUGUCCUGACUUGCACGAGGAAGACAAAUCAUUCUAGCUAUGUUUCUGUGUUGCCCUGAAACAAACCUAGAAUGACUCGAGCGUUAAGCAUAGGUAUGAAAAGUUUUAAAGUAUUUUCCUUUAUUUACGUCAAGUUUUACAUCUCAUGUUGCUUAACAUAUUUACAUUAUUUGCAAGUAGUCGAUAUUUAGUUAUUUUAUAAAUGUUUCGCUAAACAAUCCUCGUCUAUUUUGACAAUGGAUUUUGGACCUUGACUAAGAAGACAUGCAUACGGUUAUAAUUUUUUCGUUUUCGUUCUUAAUGGCGGUAAGAGCCAGAAGACUGAGAAGUCAGUGAACAUAAAUGACCAAAUCAAUCCAAACUCACGGCCCGAUCAAAAGUAUAUUAAAAGUAUAUAAAAAUCGUAAGAUUUUUCCAAAUUUUCUUAUUUAAAAUGUCAAAGCCAGCCGAAUAAGAGAAAUAUAACGAAAAGUAUUGUUUAUAGCUUAGAGCAUAAAAAGUGAAAGGAGCGAAGUAUCCAAGAUUUCUUCUAUAUAGUACAAAGAAAGUUUCUUCCUUUUUGUGGGAAGCUGUCGGAAAAGCUCGUGCAACUCUGAUAAACGAUGCAAAAAUUCAAUGACCAAAGCAUAAUUUUGCCCAAUAGAAAAAAAAUAAAAAAUUUCAUAUCACUUAAAACAGAUUGAAAGGACUUCCGAAGACAAUCACCAACAAUUUAAUAAAUGUUUAAUAUAUUUUA